AUUCUGAAGUGCGUGGCUGAUCGUUGUAAUGUGCACUGUUACGAUGGGGAUUGUCCAUCAUGCAGAGCUAUGGCUAAACGGAUGUUCACGAUCAUCUGCCUACAAACGGACAUGCUCAAUCUAUCCCAUAUCCAGUACACAGGAACUUGUCCACGAUUCUUCAACGAUCUGGCCGAUGAGUAUGUGGCUGCACGAAGACGAGUUGCAGUCUGA